AAGUAUAGCAAAGCAGAUGGUCAACAGCUGAGUUUUCCUCGCGUGAUGUUUCGUGCUUGACUGUCAAAUUUUGCACAACGGAAAGCAUCGAGUUGAAGAAUGGAAGACGAGAUUGACAUUUACGCAGAUUUGCCUAGUUUUAACUUGGGCGAUAGCGAAAACCCCAUAGAAGCGAAUAAGGAGAUUUCCGAGAAAUGUGCCACGUUAGAAAAGCAAGUUGCCGAUUUAACUCAGGCCCUAGAGUCUCUUCGAAAAGUAAACAAAACUUUGGAGGUUAACAUUUCAUCGUUACUUCAGACAGCAAGAGCAGAAAUCGCCAGAAAGGAUAGAAUGAUUAAUGAGAUCAGACGAGAGUUGGACUCUAUGCGGUUUCGACGAGGCCAAUACAGCAGACCUACGAUACAGGAUAACCGGAGUUCUUCGAGAAGCCGAAAAAGAGAAAAAAGUUCUCAAGAAGAGAAACACGUCCAAGUCCAAGAAGUGACAGAAACAAUUGACCCGAACAAUGUGGCUGAAGUGACAAGCAGUGAUCUUCCACCAAAUAGCAACGAUGACAGUGGUGACAAUUUCAAUAAGACACAGCAAUUUGCUGCUAUGAGCACGGUAUUUGGCAGGCGACUGCACAAGAAAAUUUUGGAAUCCCAAGAGGAAGGACGAAAACAGAAAGAUCAGUCAAAAUCACAACGAGAAGAAGACAAGAAUAAAAAUUCUAACAGUGACGACCAGAUUAGCCAGCAAAAAUCACAAUCCGAACCAGGCAGCCUUAAACUAUAUUCUAAAACCGAUAAAUUAGUAGCUCGGUUACCAAGCAACGGAACAAACUUUGAUUCAGCUAAUAAUUCUGCUGUUGACAAUCAUCGCGACAGAAAACGUUGCUUAGAAGAUCAUUUUGAUGGAAAUAAUCAAAAAAGAAUGAAAACUGGCGAGACGAGAAGCAACUAUCGAGGCAGCAGUCAUCACGGUCAUAAAAUACUUUGUUGCACACCGAAAAUUGAGGUGAAAAACAGAAUUGAUGACAGACGAUUGGAAGAAACUAAUAUAGCAAAGGGUCAGUAUCACAUUGUAGACGAGUAUUCUGUACCUGUCGAGGAUGGCUCAGUUAUUGAUGAUCAAAGUGAAGAUAGACACAAUAGAGUUGCAAUAAGAUUAAUGCUUCUGUCAGAAGGCAUCGACCCUGAUCUAGAAUGGAACAACUGCACUGACAGUGAUGCAAAUAAAAUGAAUGAAAAGAAAAAUAAGGCGACUAGUAGAAGUCGGUCCAAAAGCAGAGACCGUGAUAGUCGUAAUUCAAAAACAAGGCGGUAUAAUUAUACGUCUCGGAGUAGAUCGCCAGAUGAGUAUCACAAAAGUAGAAGACAGAGUAGGCACCGAGAUAAAAGGCGGAGCAGGGACAGUAGGGAUAGAUUUGAAAGACGAAAGGAAGUGAAGAACAAGGAUGGUGAUAACCUCAGCGAAUUUAGUAGAGAAAUUCAUGAUUUAAGGGAAACGAUUGAGCAUCGAAUCGAUGAGCGAUUUAGUGAUCGCAGUGAUAAAGGUAGAAGCUUCAAUAAAUAUAAACGAAACGAUGAAAGAGUUUACAGAAAUUGCAGAUCUAGAACUCCGGACAGUAGCAGAAGUUGUAGCAAUGAGAGAAUGGUGCGCCAAUACCAAGCUGAUAAGCAUUCUAGAAGAUCAAGGUCACGAGAAAGGUAUAAAAGUCGACACAGAAAAGAACGAUACCCCAACGUUGACAAUGUUUCCAAUAAAAUUUCUAGUGUCAAGUCUAAAGUGUUAACACCAGAAAUACCAGAGAACAUUGGAGAUGGGACUUUAAAAAAGCAAAGUGAUCCAGAAACAAAAAGUUUGGUCUCAUUGGAGGAAGGAGAAAUUGUUGACAGUGUAGAAUGUAGUCCUGUAAAGCUGUCUAAUCCAACUGAAAUUUCUACCAAAAAUAUUAAACCUUCCAACCUCUGUUUAUCAGACUUGGAUGAGCUAGAAUCAAAAAUAUUUGACGUAAAAUCUCCACUAUCAUUGAAGGAAAAUGGAAAUACUCAAAACAAUCAUAAGCAAUCGCUGUUCGAAAAUAUAGAAUUAUCUUUUCCCGAAUCCAAUCCAUCUGUUGCCUUAAACGAUUCUUUGAAUUUAUCCAAAGAAGAGAGAAUUGAAAAUAUUGCAAAAUUCAUUGCUAAUUUUAGCUCAAAACGGAACUGCGAUUUGUCAGACAAUAAAAUAGGGGAGAGUUCUUCUGAUGGUAAAAUUACAGAAAUUAACCCCUGUGUGGAAAAAAUAUGUCUCAUAGAGGAACCCCAGAAUGAGUUGCAUACUGCGUUCCAAUCUUCGUUAAAAGAUACUUCUCCAGUGUUACCGCCAACAGAAGCAGAUACCGUUAUAGUUGGUGUUGAAAAUAAAGUCAGUGAUAAUAAUUGCGGUAAUGAUUGGUGUUUAAUCGCGAUCGAUAGUCCGGUGAAAAAUUUUGAAGAAAAUAGAAAAACCCGUAUGAUGGCUGUGAACCUGCUGACAACGGUAAAUUUAGAACUGCCAAAUGGUGUUUCGUGUGAUCCACCAUUGCCAAAGAAUUCGCCAAACACAUCCGAAACUUCUGGGGAAUUACAAGAAAAGAUUGUUUCACCGUGUGCAGAGAUCAUUCCUCAAGACAGGGCUACAUCUCCGGUUCAUAAAUCCAAGAAUAGUAUUUCAAAACCAACAGGAACAACAAUGUUCAAUUCCAGUAAUCACAACUGUGGAAAAAGAGAGAUUAUACUAUCGGAUACAAAUUCUGAACAUAGUAUAAAAAUUCCGCCGCCUCAGUCAUUGAAUCCUGUUUUCCAAUGUCUAGACAAACUUGAAGCAACUCACCAGAGUAUAAAUAAUUAUAUGAGCAAAACUAUAGAUUCGGAACAUAUGAGCGAAUGUCAUUCAUCUAUGAAUCUCAUUCCGAUGCAAAUUGAUAACAGUAGUGAAAGUGGAAAGAAUGAAGAUUUGAAAGACCUCUGUGAUGAUCAAGAUAAGGUUAAAAACGUUGACAAUAAUGAGCAAAUUGAGACAGAUGCCAGACCAACCAUUAUCAGCCUCAAAAAAGUCGAACCUCCAAGCGUUAAUGAAAUUGUUAAUGAUAAUGACAAGAAGAGUGAAAAAUCUAAGGCCAGCAAUAGCGGUAAGUUGCGUAAGGAAACACCUAUAAAGAACGUUGGCAAUGUGAAGCCUCAACGUCGAAACAGCACAGCUAACAAUAAGGAAUCUAAAAGCAAACAAGCGACUUCCUGCAAAGCAGACUUAGUUAAGAGUAUUAGCUUGAAAAAUAAAUCGGGAAAUAAAAUGGCCAAAACCGACGAAACUGAGAAAUCAAAUUGUAAAGAAGGUCAAGAAAAUGGUGAUGAACCGGCGAAGCCUGUGCCGAAGUCAAAAGUUGUGGGAAAUAAUGCUAAGGUGAAGAAAGAAUCCCCAAAAUUAAUCAUCUAUACUAGACGAAGAAGACCAGUUCAGCUGGAAGAUUGUUCAAUGCCGUUAAGCAUUCUUGGAAACUCAGAGUUAGUCACCGAUACAGUGAGCACAGUCCAGAAAAGUGUAACCGAUGAAGUAGAAAAUUCAGCUCCUUUGGACACGAAUAUCAUGGUAUUAGGUGAAACGAAGGCAAAUGAUGAAUCAGCGAUUGAUCAAAAAUCCGAGUUAAAUAGUGACAAGUGUAAUGAAGCUUCAGAAACUAGAGAAGAUUGUAAAGCUUCAUUUGACUGACAGUGUCUUGCGUGAUGUCAGGGAAUAGAUGCAACCCCUUCUGAUUGAUUUAUUGUUUACAUUCAUCGUGUAUUUUAUGAAGUUAGCGUAAACCGUUAAACAAAUUAUAUUUUCGCAAUCGUACUGUUACAAAUAUUGUUUUUAUCUUGCUUCAGUACCAGUUUAGCGAUAAUGUUGAUUACAUUUUUUUCUAAAUGGUUUCAUUCAAGAAGCAUGACGUGAGAAAAUAUACCUUUCGUUUCAAACAGACUUGUGAUUCGUAACCUUUGAUAAUAAAAGGUUGUUGCAUACUGUUGUCAGACACAUGUGUAUAUGCUUAUUGUACAUACAUAAAGCGUUCUUCGCAACUUUUAUAUAGUACGAGUGUAAAGCGUAUAAGCUUUGUUAUAGCUGACUGAAAAUUAUGCCUUGUGAUUCUGUACAGACCGUCGUUUGAUUAUUACCUCUUUAUAAGAUAUUUUUUGACGAGAAUUGUUUAAUAAUCGAAGUAUAGAGUCAGCAAAUGUUGCGAUGAAAUUUGUAUUUCUGAAAUUGAUUGAAUUAUGAACUUGUCAUUCUUCGAAAAAACAUAAAUACAAGCAUUGGAACAAUGCAAUGGCGGGAAAUUUUGUCUAUUUGAAAUAUUAAAUGCUUCAAAAGUACAAUAUUUGCCGGAGGUAUAAUUCGAACGAUGCUCGUGAUGUAAAUAAACUAUUGUUGAACGAAACGUCUUCCGUGUGAAACUUGAAUUGACCCGCUCCCAUUGCGCACGCAUCUAAUGAUUUUUCGAAUUAAAAUCCCGCAACGCGACGGCGUAGGUCCAAAAGCGUCGCCUGUCAGGGGCCAGGGCGUCGCGUGACGUCACGAGACGUCGACGGUAACCGCGAUGUGCGCCGUCGCCGACGAAACAUGGACGGUUAUCAAUAGUCCAAGCUCUCCCAAAUAAUUUCGACCAAAUAAUUAUAUU